AUGUUGCGCAACGCCAUGCAAGGCCACUCAGCGCGCGCCACCAUGCGCUGCCGACACAUAAUGCUCGCACCAUCGUUGCGAAGAUUACAAUCAGGUGGUCCUUUCCAGGCCAUGCGACCGCCGUCGCCAGAGGAGCUUGGUGCCCCCCGGCGUGCAAAGGAAUAUAGACAGGGACGGCGGUGGGCGCGGCGCUUGCUCUUGACAUGCGUCUUGGGAGGUACUAUCUAUCUCGGGGAUCGUCAGAUAUACGCAUCUGGUUUUGGCCGCUCUCUACAUACGUUCGGAACCGGCUUGCUCGUAGCCUUCGACUACAAGCUGAAUUUUCGACCCCAGCCUAUUACUGGCGGGACUGUGCAGGACUUGCAUAAUCGGAAUGCCGAGCGGCUGUUCAGUCUUCUCCGUUCCAAUGGUGGACUUUAUCUCAAGAUCGGACAGGCCAUUGCAAUGCAGAGUGCCGUGCUGCCCCCCGAAUUCCAAAAGAUGUUUAGUCGCAUGUUUGACGACGCACCGCAAGACGAUUGGAGUGACAUCGAAGCAGUGAUAAGACAAGACUUCGGGAAAAGUGUCGAAGAGGUCUUUGGCGUCAGCUUUACAGGAAAAGAGGGAAUGGGGUUGAUGGAGCGCAAGGCUCGAGCGAGUGCGAGUGUUGCUCAAGUCCAUUGGGCCAGACUUGCGGAUGGUCGCGAAGUCGCUAUCAAAAUACAGAAACGGGAGAUUGCCAAGCAAAUAUCAUGGGAUCUAUGGGCCUUUAAGACGGUCGCGUGGAUAUAUUCGAAGUGGUUUGAUCUCCCACUGUAUAAGCUAGUCCCUUUCAUUACGGAGCGACUCGAGUUAGAGACUGAUUUCGUCAAUGAGGCCAAGAAUUCAGAAAAAAUGCGAGAGCUUGUUAAUGCAGAGAAAGCCUUGAAAGGGAGGGUAUACAUUCCUACGGUUUAUCCCGAAUUUACGACAAAGAGAGUUCUCGUGACCGAGUGGAUCGAGGGUGUGAGGCUUUGGGAUAAGAAAGCCAUAACAUCGAGAUGGCUUGGAGGGCAUGGCAAUGGAUCUCCUGGCGCUGGUCGCCCACUCCCGCAAAUUGAUAUUGAGGCUGCACGACUUGAGCUUCGGACAAGGCCAUUUCAAGAGAACCUCAAGCCAGAACGUCAGGAAUUAUGGAGAGGCCGACGAGGCCGUGGGGGACUUGGUCUGUCAACACGAGAAGUCAUGACGACCAUGGUGGACCUCUUCUCCGCACAGAUUUUCAAGUGGGGUGUCGUUCACUGCGAUCCGCACCCUGGCAACAUCUUUAUCAGACGUUUGCCCAAUGGGCAAGCCGAGCUUGUGCUUAUUGACCAUGGCCUCUAUGUGUACAUGUCAUCAAAGUUCAGAAACGAAUACGCCACCUUCUGGAAAGCACUCAUGACCUUCGACAACAAAACAAUAUCACAAGUGACAGAAGCAUGGGGGAUCAAGGCGGCAGAUCUCUUCGCGAGCGCAACAUUACUGCGGCCGUACGAGGGUGGAGAUAAACGCACGCAUAAUGGGAUAAUGAAAGAGCUCGAAGGCAAUACGCCGGCUGAGCGGCAUUACGAGAUGCAGAAGCGAAUGAAGCAGGGCAUUCGAGAGAUCCUGACAGAUGAAGAUAAAUGGCCACAAGAGCUGAUUUUCAUCGGUCGCAAUAUGCGAAUCGUACAAGGCAACAACCAGUAUCUCGGAUCACCAGUCAACCGCGUCAAGAUGAUGGGCGAGUGGGCGAGCCGAAGUCUAUUCGAGGACCCCCAGUUGCCACUGAGUCAACGCCUUCAGAAUCGCUGGCGCCAUAUCAUCUUCAAGACUGUCAUGGCUGCCUCUGAUGUGGCCUUCUACAUCUUUAAGCUGCGCCAGUGGUUGGGCCUUGGAGGGGGGAUGGAGGAUGAAAUGGAGAAAAGAAUGAAGGAUGUCGCACAAGACUUUGGCAUCGAGCUUCAGCAUGAUGUUUUUGAAGGCUGA